UCUACUUAUAAACUGUAUAAUUGUAUAAUUGUUGCGCACUCUGUUUCAAUAAUUUUUUUUUACACGACCCUCCUAUAAAUGAGCAGAAGUUGGAAAAAGGCAGCCAAAUGUUAUGGCCUAAUCAACAAGCCAAUUGAAGCACCAUGUUUGGAGGUUCAUCGUCAGGGUUUGGAGGAUUUGGAAGUUCGGGUGGAACUUCAGGCUCACCCUUUGCCAGUUCCACCACCAACACCAAUACUUCACCAUUUAAUACUAACAGUAAUACUUCAGGAGGACUUUUCGGAGCUCAAAAUUCAACUGGUACUUCAGCAUUUGGUAGUACUGGAGGAGGUUUUGGUUCUAAUACCAAUAACCCAUCAUCUGCAUUUGGAGCUAAUAAUGCUACUACUUCAGGGGGUGGAUUAUUUGGUUCUACUAAUACAAAUCCAUCACCAUUUGGAUCAAAUAAUACUUCAUCAGCUUUUGGUGGAUCAUCAAAUACUGCUAAUGGAUUUGGUACAUCUACUACAACUGGUGGAGGAUUAUUUGGAUCAAAUAAUAAACCUGGAUUUGGAGCUUCAGGUGGAGCAUUUGGAUCACCUGCUAAUACUAAUACUUCACCAUUUGGUGCAAAUACUAGUGGUGGAUUUGGAACAUCAGGUUCAAUUGAUCCAAAUACUAAUAAUGGUACAGCCAUUAAACCUUUUACACCAUUUAGUGAAAAGGAUACAACUGGUACAUUAAAUGUAUUUGAAAAUAUAUGUUCAAUGCCUGAAUAUAAAAAUUUUUCCUUUGAAGAAUUAAGAUUAAAAGAUUAUGAACAAAAUAGAAGAUAUGGAAAUGCUCCUGGUACAUCUACUGGAUUUGGAGCUAAUUCUACUACAACUGGUGGUAAUUUUGGUUUUGGUGCUACUAAUAAUAAUACUUCUGCCUUUGGUGCAAGUAAUACUAAUACUUCACCAUUUGGUGCAACAAAUAAUACUAAUGCCUUUGGUACAAAUAAUGCUUUUGGUUCAUCAAAUAAUACUACUUCACCUUUUGGAGCUGCUAAUAAUACUACUGCUGGAUUUGGAGCUCAACAAAAUUCUUCACCUUUUGGAGCAAAUAAUGCUAAUACUAAUGCCUUUGGUUCUGGUAAUGCAUUUGGUUCAUCAGGUACUAAUGCGUUUGGUGCAAAACCAAGUGGAUUUGGUACUGCAGGUUCAGCUUUUGGAUCUUCAACUAGUGGUGGACUCUUUGGUAAUAAUGCUAAUGCUAAUACUAAUAAUGCAUCACCAUUUGGUUCAGGAAAUGCCUUUGGAGCUAAUAAUACAAAUCCAUCACCUUUUGGAGCAAAUAAUAAUGUCUCCAAUAAUGCAUUUGGUACAAAUACCAAUACAAAUGCAUCUCCAUUUGGUGCAUCCAACAAUGCCGGUGGUUUAUUUGGUGCAAAUAAUAAUAAUACUUCAACUGGAUUUGGUGCUGCCAAUAAUAGUACCAAUACGUUUGGUAGUGGAGGUGGAUUAUUUGGAUCUAAUAAUAAUGCUGGUGGCUUUGGAGCAAAUAAGCCUGCUACUGGAAAUUUAUUUGGAUCAAGUAAUACCAAUACUGCUCAAUCAGGAGGAUUAUUUGGAGCCAAUAAUAACAAUGCUGCUUCAGGCGGUAUGUUUGGUGGUGCUAAUAACACUAAUACAUCUGGAGGUUUGUUUGGAAAUAAACCUACUGCACCAGCUGGUGGAUUAUUUGGAAACAAUCAAGCUACUGCUGGUAAUACAUCUGGAGGUUUAUUUGGUGGAUCAUCAACUGCUAAUACUUCUGGUGGUCUUUUUGGAAAUAAAACUGCUACUCCAUCUGGUGGUUUAUUUGGAAAUUCUCAACCAAAUACAAAUACUGGCUUUGGAGGUACAACUAAUAAUGCUGGUACUCAAGGAGGUUCAUUGUUUGGUAAUAAACCUGCCGCAACGGGUCUUUUUGGUUCAUCUGCUCCUGCAGCAGGACCUACUUCGGGGGGGUUGUUUGGAAAUAAUAAUGCCAACACUGGAACAUCAGGAGGAUUAUUUGGUAAUAAUUCUGCUGGUAAUACUGGAACUACAGGAGGAUUAUUUGGUAAUAAACCAGCAACUGGUACUACUUCAGGUGGAUUAUUUGGUGGUAAUACUUCAUCAAAUACUACUGGUGGAGGAUUAUUUGGAUCUUCAAACUUGCAACAACAACAGCAACAGCCUCAACAGCAACAACAACAAUCAUUAUUAAAUAUUAAUAGUCAAAAUCCAUAUGGUAAUAAUCCAUUAUUUCAAAGUAUAACUGGUGGACAACAAACUAGUAAUACUCAACCAUUAGCUAUUGCAGUAAAGAGUGGUAGUAGUGUGAAAAAACCUGUAACAUUAUCGAAUGCAAAAUCAGUAUCACCAUUAUUUAAAGUUAGUGCUUUACCAAGUAAGAAACCAGAAUUUCAAGUUAAACAAGUAGUUGUACAAAAGAGUUCAAGUGUUUUCUCUCCAAGUACUGAUGCAGCUAUUAUUAGUUCUGAUAUUUUUGCUCCAAAGGCAAGUUUUAAGAAAUUAGUAUUAGAAAAAUCUAAAGAUUCUAAGAGUUCAUUACUUUCUGGUGAUCAAUUAGAUAAUGGAAGUGCUCCAAAACAAGUUACAUUUUCUGUAAAGAAUACUGAUAAAACCAUUGAAGGAUCACCAAUUAAACGUUUAGAAAGUAAUUCUAAUGUUUCAAAGGAUGUUUCUAAUGGUGAAGAAGUCGAGUUAAGAAAAGGACUUGAAAAGGAAGAAGAAGAAGUUGAAGAAGUAGAUGAAGAUGGAUAUUGGACAUCACCACCAAUUUCUCAAUUAAAGUCCAAAUCAUUAGGAGAAUUAAGAUCAAUUAAAAACUUUAAAAUUGGUCGUAAACAUUAUGGUACUAUUGAAUUUUUAGAACCAGUUGAUUUAUCUAGUUUUAUAAAUAUUGAGAAUAUUCUUGGUAAUGUGAUUGUAUUUGGAUCUAAAUGUUGUAUAGCAUAUCCAGAUGAUGAUAAACCAAAAGUUGGUGAAGGAUUAAAUUUGCCAGCCAAAAUUACUUUAGAAGGUUGUUAUCCUAUUAAUAAAGCUGAUAAAUUACCAAUUGUAGAUCCUAAGAGUGAUAUAGUUAAAAUUCAUAUUGAGAAUUUAAAGAACUUACCUAAUAUGGAAUUCAUUGAUUAUGAUGCAACCACAGGUAAUUGGACAUUCUCAGUUGAAUGUAUGGAUUAAUCAAUUACUUAAUAAAUUUAAUUAGUUAAUUAGUUAGUUAGUUAGUUAGUUAGUUAGUUAGUUAGUCAUCUGUAUAGACAUUAAUAUAUAUAAAGCCAGCUACUGUAUAAUUGGC